GAACAAAACCCUGCAGAUGGAGAAGAUCAAAGCCCGUUUGAAGGCUGAGUUUGAGGCACUUGAGUCAGAGGAGAGGCACCUGAAGGAAUAUAAACAAGAGAUGGACCUACUGCUACAGGAGAAGAUGGCUCAUGUGGAGGAACUUCGACUGAUCCAUGCUGACAUCAAUGUGAUGGAAAACACCAUCAAACAGUCUGAGAAUGACCUGAACAAGUUGCUAGAGUCUACCCGGCGACUGCAUGAUGAAUAUAAGCCACUGAAGGAACAUGUAGAUGCCCUGCGCAUGACUUUGGGUCUACAGAGGCUUCCUGAUUUGUGUGAAGAGGAGGAGAAACUCUCCCUGGAUUAUUUUGAGAAGCAGAAAGCAGAAUGGCAGACGGAGCCACAAGAGCCCCCAAUCCCUGAGUCCCUGGCUGCUGCAGCUGCUGCUGCCCAACAACUCCAAGUGGCCAGGAAGCAGGAUACUCGGCAAACGGCCACUUUCAGGCAGCAGCCUCCACCUAUGAAGGCCUGUCUGUCUUGUCACCAGCAAAUUCACCGGAAUGCACCUAUAUGCCCUCUUUGCAAAGCCAAGAGUCGGUCCCGGAACCCCAAAAAGCCCAAGCGGAAGCAGGAUGAAUGAAGAGGAGAACACGUAACCUCGGCUCAUCAUAAGCCCUUCCCUUGGCCAGAGAGAUUGAUAUCCUGAUGUGAAAACCCUUCCCCACCCGCACCAAGUCUAUUUAAUGUGAUGGAAGCACAACCCCACUCUCAUUUUCUCAUUUCUCUCUACUCUUGGGAUUUCUGGUUUAGGAAAAGAUGUUGUUCAGGUGCUAAUGACUAUGUCUAACGACCCUUCUCUCCUACCCACAUUUCAACCACUGCCCUUGUUUGAAGAUGACAGCAAGGAAGAAGGCCCAGAUGUGACUGUGUCUCCUAUGCCUGAUGCCUGGAGCCUAAGAAACUAUAGGGUCUGAGGUCUGGAGAAGGCCCAUACUUUGUUUCAGGAAAAUGCUCCAAUGUUUCCCUUCCUUAUACUUUUGCCUUAGGCUCUGAAGGGACAACUGUCUUCUUGCUGUGUGCAUCUAUUCCUCCACCCCCAUCCUUAUGCUUAAGGCCCAGAGAUAGGUUGGACAAACUUUCCUUUUUAUAUUCAUUUGUGAGGCCUAGAUGUGAUUCUAUAGCUCUCCCCACCCAAACCUCUCAGAUACACUAAACUUUUUAGGCACCAGACUGUGUGUCUGGGAAUUCUAAAAUCUGUGGGCCUUUCCCCAUACCUCUGGUCUUUCCCCACAGUGAAAUUAGGACGCCAAACCUGCUCUAUAGAUCCUACCUAGCUCACCGCCAGGGCUGAGAGCUAUACUAUAGGAGUUGACUGAGAGGGGCCCCAGGCUGACUUUGGUAUUGGUUUGUGUUCAAAAUCAUUACUCUGGUACCUGCUCAAUUGUAUAUCAUUGAGAGGAGAGGAGUGGAUUUACAUUCAAAUGAGUGCUA